AUGUCCGUGGCUGACGCAGGCUAUCCAAAGGAUCUGCUCAGCGACACACGGAAGUAUCAACGACCAGGCGGGCGACUGAAAGGCCCGAGCACAACUGGACCCGGACACCUCGACGACUCAGUGGACGUGCUGGGGGAGACUAAGGUGGUGGAUCGAAAGGCUUUCCCUGCAUCAGAUCGAGAUGAUCCGCCAGCUCCCCCUCCGCCGAAGAAGAAGAUUCAGCCCGAUGACGAGGGGACGCUGUUUGGCCCCGACGGCAUGCCACUGAAGGAGGGGGCCACGAUGAUAGAGGAUGAGGAGGGCCACUUGAAGCCCAAAGUGGAGGAUCACCAGAAGGUCGAGAUGCACGACCAGGGCUGGUUCCAUGCAGAGAGCAACCGCUACGAGCAGGAGGAGCUGGCGAAGAUGCACAUCGUCAGCAUUUGCGACGCCGUGCGGCAGCGGCAGGGCGUCGGGCUUUGCCGUGAUGGGCGCUGGACAAACAGCCCGCAUGAGUUCCCUGACCUCGGCCUGACUGGCACCGUGCUGUCGAAUGCGUUGGUGCCCUUCCCGCCCAACGAUCAGCAGUACUACAUCUGCGGCAAGUACGACUCAGAAGAGUCUUUGCUGCGGCCGACAGCAGUCCCCAACUUUGCGCAUGAUGGGCAUGGGUCGAGCACGUGGUUAAGGUUGGUAGACUUCGCUCAGCAUGCAGAUGCCGUACACCUCUUCGAUGAGUUCAGCAGCAAGAGUCACUGCGGCAGGGUCUACCAGGGUGCGCUGGACAACGGCUACUUCGUAGAAGCUUUGCAGGCCAUAUCGCUGCGACCGAAGCUCGUCAAGCAGCUCUUCUAUGCUUGGCAAGCCAGGAGGUCUGUCUACAUAGCCAGGCUCUACAAGCACGGCACCUGGAUGCGAGUGGAGGUGGACGACUAUGUCCCCGUCGGUCGGCCCGGAAGGAAUGACACAGAUGUCAACGUGCCAAUCUGCUGCCGCUCCGAGCACUUCCCGAAUGUCAUCUGGCCAAGCCUUAUCGAGAAGGCCUAUGCAAAGAUCCACACCCUGCGGCUGAGUCCCAGUGCGGUUUCAGAGGAGGACAUGGGAGGCUGGGAGGCACUGAACGGUGGCGGCAAGGUCGAGGACGCGCUCGCCGACCUCACGGGAGGCGUCGCCGGCCGUUUCUACACGCAGGACGUCUCCCCCGACCGGCUGUUCAUCUACAUCCACGACUUGCAGCGGGACACACUUUUUGUCUGCAGGCCAAAUCCCACGACAUGUGAGCUGCAGGGCGUCAGGCUGAAUCCGUAUUAUCCCUAUGCUGUAAAUCGAGCAGUUCAGUGGGAAGGCGGCUUGUAUCUUCAGCUCUUCUGCGGAGGUCCGGGUGUCUAUGACGGUGGCCUUCAGGACAUCACCGUCCCCUAUACGCUGUCGCGAAAUGAGAAGUAUCCUGAGCGACGAGAGGAUGGCUUCUUUUGGCUAAAUGCCGAAGACUUCCACGAGUACUUCGGUACCAUCUUCGAGUGCCGACUCGUCAACAGUGGAGAUGUCUCGCUACCGGAGAUGCCACCCCCGCGAUUUGAGACGAUCAGGCCACCGCCUUCAGAGCUGUCGCUCAUGGCAUCUGGAAUGAUGGCUCCAAGCAUGGGCGAUAUGGGCCUUGCAGGCGCUCCUCACCUCGCCGCCAUCACCGACGGAGGACAUGAAGACAUGAAUGCCAUGGAGAUCCGGCGGCGUGGUGUGCAGCAUGUUGGUACAGACGGCCAGCCAUUGGCAUGGUAUGAAUGGGUGUUCGCCAAUCCCGGUGAAAUAGUCCGGAAUAAUGAGCCAGAGUUCGUGGUCACCGUGCCGCAGCACGCUGUCCCUUGCGAGAUUGUUUGCUCAAUCGAGCAGUUCGACCCACGCAUGUUGAUGAAGUCGCCUGGUCGACCACAGGCCGUCCCCAUCCUUUGCAAAGUUUACGAGAAGGUGAAUAUCGAGAACACGUACAGUGAUCAUUUGGUAUCGCGCUCAAACUGGAUCCCCGUGAGGGAUGCCAUGGUGGCAUUCACCGUGACGCGGGGCGGCGAGUAUUUGAUCGUUGCAGAGUUGCCCACCGGCACCAGCCAUGUGGAGAGGAUGAUCUUCAGGUGUUAUGCCUCACAGCCGUACGUCAUGGUCGCCGCCCAUAAGAUGUCCAGGAAGCACAGGCUUGUUGAAUCGAGAGCUUUGCCUGGUGCAUCGCGACUUUCCCUGGUUGGUUUGAUGCAACCCGAUGGUUUAGACAAAGAUCAGCCGGUGCAGAUCGAUUGUCAAUACGACGCCAUGCGAAAGCCGGAAUUUGACCUUGAAACCGGGUGGAGUGCUCUAGUGAAGGAGGUGAACCAAGAUUGCGCUGUCAUGUGA